AAACAUAGAAAGCCAACGAUAGAAAAAACCAAAAAGACUCGAUAGAAAUUCAAAAACAUAGUUGUCGUAAACAGGUUUCAAUCUAAGAGAUCAGUAACGAAUAUUCCCUCAUUUAAAAACCAAUACAUUGCCCCUAAUUUUCUUCUUAAAACGAUUUUUUUCCCCUUAUUUAUAGGGAAAGAAAAAAAUAACUCAGAAGGUCGGAAAAGAAAAUGGGAUUAGAUUUCUUUUCUGUUCUUCUUGUUCUGGGCUUGGUCUUGAACAGCUUGUUGCUGUUCUGUAAUGGAGGUCUCACCAGUAGUUUUGUCAGGAAAGUUGAGAAAUCCAUUGAUAUGCCUCUUGAUAGCGAUGUUUUUCGUGUUCCUCCUGGAUAUAAUGCUCCUCAACAGGUGCAUAUAACGCAAGGAGAUGUAGAAGGUAAAGCAGUGAUAGUGUCUUGGGUGACACCAGAAGCAAAAGGAUCUAACACUGUUCUUUACUGGAAAGAGAACAGCUCCAAAAAGCUUAGAGCCCGUGGCAAAUACAACACUUACAAGUUCUACAAUUAUACUUCUGGUUACAUCCAUCAUUGUCUCAUCAGAAACUUGGAGUAUGACACUAAGUACUACUAUGAGGUAGGUGUGGGGAAAACAAAGCGCAAGUUCUGGUUCUACACUCCUCCUGAAGUUGGUCCAGACGUUCCUUACACGUUUGGUCUCAUUGGGGAUCUUGGGCAGACUUUUGAUUCAAACAUGACCUUAACACAUUAUGAGAACAGCCCAACAAAGGGACAAGCGGUUUUGUUUGUUGGGGAUAUCUCAUACGCUGAUACUUAUCCAAAUCACGACAACAACAGAUGGGACACUUGGGGAAGAUUUGCUGAAAGAAGCACAGCUUAUCAGCCUUGGAUUUGGACCGCAGGGAACCAUGAAAUGGAUUUUGCCCCAGAGAUUGGAGAAACGAAGCCGUUUAAGCCAUUCACGCAUAGGUACCGUACUCCUUACAGAGCAUCAGGCAGCACAGAGCCAUUCUGGUACUCGAUCAAGAGAGGACCUGCUCACAUAAUCGUGCUAUCUUCAUAUUCUGCGUAUGGUAAAUACACGCCGCAAUACACGUGGCUUGAAGAGGAGUUCCCAAAGGUUAACAGGACGGAAACUCCAUGGUUGAUCGUUCUGGUGCAUUCACCCUGGUACAACAGCUACGAUUACCAUUUCAUGGAAGGUGAAACCAUGAGAGUCAUGUUUGAAUCGUGGUUCGUCAAGAACAAAGUAGAUGUUGUUUUUGCAGGUCACGUCCACGCCUACGAAAGAUCAGAACGGAUAUCAAACAUAGCUUACAACGUGGUUAACGGCAAUUGCAGUCCGGUUAAAGAUCAAUCUGCUCCGGUCUAUAUAACCAUUGGUGAUGGAGGAAACAUUGAAGGAUUGGCUAACAAAAUGACUGAGCCUCAGCCUAAGUACUCUGCUUUCAGAGAAGCGAGCUUCGGCCAUGCGAUCUUCUCGAUAAAGAACAGGACUCACGCACACUAUGGAUGGCACAGGAACCAGGAUGGUUGCGCCGUGCAGGCUGACACCAUGUGGUUCCACAACCGAUUCUGGUAUCCUGUUGAUGAUUCUCCUUCUUUUGAUUCUUGAGAAUCUCAGAAUCUUAUUUGUAUUGUUGUAUUUUUAUAUAACUCUUAGAUUUGAAUAAGCAUGAAUAAAUGAAAUGUGGGUGAGUUCUUGUUCUUGUUCCUGUCUUGUUUAAAGAGUAAAAGACCAACGUUAAUCACACCAAACAUGCCGUUUCUUGACAUAAAACGGCGCGUAGUUCCACCUUAACACUAACAUUUUUAUGCAUCCCAGUGAUAAAAUCAACGAGAAAUUAUGUUUUGUCACAUC